UUUUUUGUGUUUUUUCGAAAGAAACAGUUUGGAACCGUUACGUAACGGCGCGUAACAGGCCGUUACGGCAUCGUUACGACUGCUACGGUAGCCGCUACAGCCGACACACCUGUGAAUCUCAAUCACACUGCAAAAGCGGCCGUAACGAGUGGCGGUAACUGCCAAAACCGUUACGUAACGGCGUUACGUAACAGUUGCGGCCACUUUUUAAAACCUUGGUCGCAAGGUCUCUGUGUGGAGCUUGGUUUUCUCGCACUGAGUAUUAAUCGAGAGUACCACUGGUGUUCUCCCACUUAGUGGUCUAAUAUUCUGGUUAUUUUGUUUUCGCCCAUCAGUUCUCAAUUUAUUACACUUAAAUCUCCUUUAAAUUUCUUGUUAUUAUCCUUCGACCCCUAAUUGGCCAUUUUGUUCUGUUUUGGGUUUACUACAAUUUAACCCCUCAGAUUUUGAGUAUUACACUUGAAUCGCUGGUUUGGCUAUUUUGUUUGAUUGAACUUGAACCUCUCAGUUUUCUGAUUAUUAUGUCUUUGGCUUCUGAUGAGUGUGCUUUCUGCCAUCAGAAAGGCCAUUGGAAGUAUCAUUGUCCUAAGAAGGGAUGUUUGUCUUCUUCGCCUAUGUCUGCCUCGUCUUCUCAGCAGUUUCCGAUCAAGUUUUGUGCUUCUCCUCUAAGUACCGUUCAACCUCCCGCUAGUUCUACUGCAUCUGCUCUGGCUCCUGAUCCUGAUUUGGCUUCCUUGACUGCUCGGAUUAGGCAGCUUCAACAUACAUUGUCUACCUCUCAGCCAUUCCUAUCUGCCUUCAUUGUUUCCUCUCUUCAUUCAGGUUUAUUUGGGUCUUCUUCAGGAUCGGAUGUUUAAACAGUAGAUUGGGACCAGCCGUAGAGUUAGAGACCUCUAUGUGGUGGAGAGCUUGCAUCUGCCGAUGGCAACCUCUCCGAUUGCCUUUUUUUCUUUUCAGUUAGAUUCUCUGUCUAGUCCUUCCUACUUGUGGCAUUCUAGAUUAGGACAUUUGUCU